CGCCGCGGCUCCGCGCUGCGGAGCGGAGCGGCGCGGCGGGGCCGGAGCCGAGCGGCCGCCGCCGAGGAGCGGAUCCGCACCCGCACCCGGAGCCGCAGCCGCCGUCGCCGGGCCGGCGGCAGGCAGCCCGUCCUGCGAUGACCCAGCACGCCUGAGGCCCGGCAGCCGUGGGGAUGGAGCUGAAGGUCUGGGUGGACGGGAUCCAGAGGGUCGUCUGCGGUGUCUCGGAGCAAACCACCUGCCAAGAAGUGGUCAUCGCCUUGGCACGGGCCAUCGGUCAGACAGGCCGCUACGUGCUGGUGCAGAAGCUGCGGGAGAAGGAGCGGCAGCUGCUGCCGCUGGAAUGCCCAUUGGAGUCCCUGGCCAAGUGCGGGCAGUAUGCCAACGACGUGCAGUUCGUCCUGCGGCGGACGGGCCCCAGCGUGGCCGAGCGGCCCUCCUCCGAGGGCACUCCCCAAGCCCCCGAGAGGACGUUCAUCCGGGCCAGCUUGCCCAUCAAGCCCAGGCCCGCUGGCACAGAUGCACCCCGUUCGCGGGAGCCGAAAAAAUCCAUGACCUUCAACUUGGGUCCUACGGGCCCUGGCGACCCGUUCGCUGUGAGCCGCUGGAGGCAGCAAGCGCGGGAAGGGAUGGACUUGGAGGGCGGUGGGGUCGUCCAGCCCUCCAAGGAGGAGCUGUUUAGGAGGGUGCUGUGGCAGCAGGAGCAGCUGCAUUCCUUGGAGGCCCACGGGGACACCCUGGAGACGGACCUACGGCUCUGGGAGCGCGGCCGGCUCGCUGGCCAGGAGGAUGAGAUCCUCUACCUGGAGCACCUGGUGCGGAGGAACGAGACGGAGCUGGGCGAGGAGGAGUUUUGGCAGAGCGAGCUCCGGCUGGAGAAGGAGUGUGAGCGGGAGCGGCAGGAGCGGGUUAGGAGCUUGCGGGCCAGCCUGGAAGAGUACACCCAGAGGAUCUAUGAGCUGAGCGCCCGGACCGAAGCCCUGCAGGAGGAGAUCCAGUGGGAGAUGGCUGAAAGGGCCAAGAGAGGGAAGGAGACCCCUGCACCCAGCCCCACAGAGCUGGAGGACAUGGCCGCCAAGAUGAAAAGGGACCUGGAGGCCAAGGUCAAGCAAGGCACCCAGCUGGAGAGCAACCUGGCCAGCGUGGAGAAGGCCCUGGAGGAAGCUGAAAGGAACCUGCAGGCCCAGACCCAAGAGCUGGAGGAGUUAAAUAAGGAGCUGAGGCAGUGUAAUUUGCAGCAGUUUAUUCAGCAGACGGGGGCCACGGUGACCAUCCUGCAGGCCAGGUCCGAGGAGGAUGCCCAGCCGGAGCCGAGCCCGCGUGAGCUGCCAGCCUGCCGGAGAAACGGAGGUUUUCCUCCCACCACCAGUGCCGACUCACCUCCCCGGGCCAGCACCAAGCAGCUCCUCAGCCAUCCCAAGACCCUGCCGGAGCCCCUGGUGUCCAGCCUGAACCCCGAAGUUGUAUCAACCAGGCAGAGCAUCUGGAGGUAGAAGGGCCCGGCCAGCGAAGGAUCAAUUGCCUUGCAAGUGUAACUGUAUAAAUAAACCAUAUUAUAUAUAUAUAUAAUUAAUAUUUUUUUUUACUGCUUUAUAUCAUGAAUGGAUGUGGACGGCCAGAGUAUUUUUACAGACUGUAAAAUAAAACCAGAAACUGAUGACACAAAGCAAUCCUCUUCCCCUGCGGAUGGAAGCGACCCCCUUCUGUUUUUUUAAAGUGCUUUCUAUAUUCAACAGAAAACAGAGGCGCUCCCGUUCCACAUAGCCUCCUCAGAAGACCCAUCCUGCAUUCAGAAAAGUCCUUGCUCCUUUGACUAGGGGAGUGAAGCUGAGGUGGAGACUUGCCUGGAGGCUCACCUGGAUGGAGCAAGUUAAUGGAUUUUACAGCAUCUCGCAGCAGCAAGCAGGGCCGUGACAAACAGCCUCUUCUCUGGCUGCAGGGAAGGCACAAGAGCAGCUUUAAGACAAAUUUCUGCCUCCCUCUUUUUUUAUUAUUGUAAGAAAUCUGUAGUAGAAACCCCCUUUCCACAGUGCCACAGACCAGGCUUCAAGGGAGCAGGGAACACACAGCGGGGGCUUGUUUUUCUUAAAUCCACUUAAUUUUUCAACUUGUUUUUAAAAUAAAAAAAUCACAGAAUGAGCCCUUCCCCAGUGGCGGCUCAGGUGGGGAGCAGGACUGAAAUGCUCUUGGUGACAUUUCACUGAUUUGUUUUUGGUUUUUUUUACUUGAUGGCCAGUAGUUACUCUCGGUUUUUGUUCAUCUGUCCCAGUGGGUCGCCUUGUAUUUUAAUUGCGAAACCAAAGCAGUUUGGGGAGGGGAUGGGUUUGUCCAGGAGGUCCCCGAGCCUGUGUUCAAUGCGUCGUAUGCAAAAAAUGUGACUCGGGCACAGUGUUCGCUGUAAAACCCCACUUUCCCCAUACAAAUGUAACUCUGUGUGCCGCAGUUUCAAUUUUCAAUAAAUCUUUGGGAAAGGA